AUGAACCCUAACCCUAACCUGUGUCGGUCUGUGAAGGCACGCAGAUGUGAUGACUCCCAGCUGGAUGUCUUUGUAUCGUCUGACCAUAGCUACAUUUCUAAUACCUUCCAUCUUGCUGCAGGAGAGUUUGUGGAGAGGCAGCUCUGCAGGGAUGCCAUCCUGCCGAUGCCUGCCCUCUGCGAGGUGCCUUGCCCAAAGGACUGUGCCCUGAGCCCCUGGAGCUCCUGGACCCUCUGCUCCAACACCUGCUCCGGGAAAAACACCGAGGGCAAACAGACCAGAGCGAGGUCCAUCCUGGCUUACAACGCUGGAGAAGGAGGCGUCCAGUGCCCUAACAUCAGCGCCCUGCAGGAGGUGAGGGGCUGCAACGAUCACCCGUGCACGGUGUACCACUGGCAGACGGGCGCCUGGGGGCAGUGCAUCGAGGACACCUCCAUCCCCGCCUCCAACGCGUCCAGCGGCCGAACGCGGGGCGACGACGCCUCCUGCUCCGUGGGGAUGCAAACACGCAAAGUCAUCUGUGUUCGAGUCAACGUGGGACAGGUGCCUCCCAAAAAGUGA